AUGGCAAAGGUAGCUGAUGUCAAUGGGAGGCUUCAUCCUGCCAGACUCCUCUUAGACAAUGGCAGUACUUCCAAUUUCAUCACCCAGGAACUCUGUAGAAAGCUCGGUCUGGUAAAACAAAGCUCUAAUUCAACCAUCUCAGGUAUUAACGGUCAAGUUUCUAGUACAUCUGAAAGUUGUCAUCUUACUAUACAAUCUUCUUGUGGUGACUAUCAGGUGCACGACUUUAUAAAAAGUCAGAGCUGUGCAUCUCGAGCUGGUCUC